CAGUCGGUAAACUUCAAACAAUGUAGGAACUUCACGAUAUUCGUGGAUUCAUACGACGCAAUAGCGAAACAAUGCGUGCGAUCAUAGAAUGUGCCCCACCAAUUCUCUCAUUCUCUUCCUUUAGAAGUAACAGAUUUUUCUUCAGUUUGAAUCGAAGCGAGCUGCUGUCGAACGAAAAAGAUGGGCAAAGAAUCAACGAACAAUCAACAGGAAGUAAAAAAAGUGCUGCUGCAAUUGCAGCAGCAGCUGCAGCAGCGGCUGCAGCAGUUACAGGAGUUGCAACAGCAGCUGCAACAACAAGAGCAGCAAAAACAACAACAACAGCAACAGGAACCCCAACAACAGCAAGAACAGCAACAGCAAUCCCUACAACAGCAGCAGGAGGAGGCUGAUAAAAAUGAGAAGCCAAAGCGCAGUAGAAAGAGGAACGGCUGCAGGGUGGCAGCGGCGCCUCCGCCGCGAGAUAUGGCGGCGCGGCGGAUGGAGAGGCGGCAGAGGUGGCAGGGGCGGCCGAUAUUUAAAUUUUCAUUUUAAUUUAAAAUAAACGAAUAAAUAAAAAUAAAAAUAAUUAAAAAACUAAUA